UGCCCUCUGAUUGGUGAUUCGUUUUUUCCCUUCAACCUCCUCUAAGCUUCGUAAAAACGUCUUGACGUCACUGCCGGAAGUGGCGGCGUAGUGGCGCAGAGGCAGACAGUGAGAACUUGAGCUGAGCGACUUUUUUUCCUCCUCCUUCUUCUUUCUGUGGUUCUUCUUUGGGUUUUUCCCCAGAACCUCUGAGUUUGUUGCUUCGGAGCCGACGAAGGAAGAGAGCAGGAGGAACUUCCGGACCUUUUCCAGUUUCUUCAGAGCUCGAUCACCCGUCACUUUGUCCUGCAGCAGCCAUGAAUCACCACAUGAAUCACCACAUGAAUCACAGCACCAUGGCCCCGCCCACCAGCUCAGAGCACGACCACGGCUCUGGAGGAGGAGGGGAAGGGAACCAUGGAGGUCACAUGAUGAUGAUGACAUUUUACUUCGGCUGCAAUAACGUGGAGCUGCUGUUCACCGGUCUGCUCAUCAACUCACCUGGAGAGAUGGUGGGGGCAUGUAUUGGUGUCUUCCUAUUGGCCGCCCUGUACGAGGGGUUGAAGAUUGGUCGUGAGGUUCUUCUGCGUCGCAGUCAGGUCAACGUCCGUUACAACUCCAUGCCACUCCCCGGGGCUGAUGGGACAGUGCUGAUGGAGACGCACAAGACGGUUGGGCAGCGCAUGCUGAGCCCCGCCCACUUCCUACAGACCCUGCUGCACAUCAUCCAGGUGGUCGUCAGCUACUUCCUGAUGCUCGUCUUCAUGACCUACAACGGUUACCUCUGUAUUGCUGUGGCAGCUGGUGCUGGCAUGGGAUACUUCCUGUUUAGUUGGAGAAAGGCGGUGGUUGUUGACAUCACAGAACACUGCCAUUAGCAUUCAUGCUAUUUAGCACUAUGAAUGCUCGCUAACACUCAGUAUUAGCAUGCUGGCCUGUGUGCUAAUAGAACUAAACACCAAGUUAGCUAAUUAGCACGACACACUAAAUUACAGCAUUACCUGGUAAAAAUGGUAACGUCACAUCAUACUGUAGUUGGCAACAAACGACAAGCUAGUUGUCUUCUGAUUGGCCAAUUCACUUUUUUUUCCCGUUUUGUUAGCUUAGCAUCGUUAGCAGCUCAUUAGCUGGGCCACCAAUCAGAAGGCAGGAUGUAAUCAGUUCUUUGACUAUUGGUAAUUGAUUGAUUAGGAGCUGUUUUGAUUGGUUGUAUGUACAGAGCAAAUCAAAAGCUCU